AUGUUCUCUGAGGGCAAGGCCAUGGCGACAGUCGGGCCUGCUUAUCUACCUGAAGGUCCUCGAAGAUUCGCAGCUGGAAAUAUUCAAACUAAAGUUUCGGAGUUAAUCAAAUUCUACGAAUUUAAACAGAAAGAAAAGGAUGAGACGAAUGCUGAUCCAGUACAACGAACUGUCAGCCACACUUCAUUAACAUCAACGAUUUCCACCUUUUCUCUGAAAUCAUCCAAUAUGCAGAAACAGGGUUUCAAUCCUUCUGUGUGCUUUGAAGACUCGGCUAGCACAAUAUCAUCCGCCGAUAGCAGACAAACUGGCCUACCUGUACAGAGCCUGAUUCAAUCGUUUGAGGAGAGGGUCAAGGACACAGUACAUGUUCAGAAGACCAAAACGUCCCCUGCUUCUUCUUCCACCCACAAAGCUGUGCAUGUUAUAUCGUCACAGCCCCGCCUGAAUUCGGCCGGAAGCAGUAUAAUUCAGUCCACUACAGUUCGAGUUAACUCUACUUCUUCCCAGGUAAAGGAGACGAGAGCCCCCAGUACUGCAGCCUGUUCCACUCCUCAUUUUCAACUCGAUCGUUCCACCACCCACACAAACUCAGUCUUCAGCAAGAAAGCAGAUAAUCUUGUUUCUACAAAUGCAAUCAAAGAAGAGGCUGUCACUGCAGUGAUCUCAGCUGCUUCACGUAGCCACAGCAUUGUUCUAUCUCACCCACCUUCUGAAAACUUCAAUGUCCACAUCGCGUCUGAUCCUAUUGCUGAUCACCUUUGGCAAUUAGCAGGCCGUAAUGGAGAUGUUACAAAGUAUAGAGCUCUCCUUAAGUGGUGUCAAAAUCGACUUGAACGCUAUCGAGGCGUGAAAGUGAUGAACUUCUCGUUUUCCUGGAAUGAUGGACUGGCACUGUGUGCUCUUCUCCACACAUAUGUGCCCCAAUUGAUUGCCGAGAAUUGGACUGAGCUUGUGUAUAAAAUGAAUAAGAAGAAAAGAUUCGAACUUGCUUUUAAAGUCGCUGAAAGCCUGGGUAUUCCAACUACAUUGGAUUUACAUGAAAUGACAACCAAUCGUCGCCCAAAAUGGGCUCCUGUAAUGAGCUACAUCGCCUCUAUCUACAAGCACUUCGAAGUCUACGCUGAAUCCACAUCUUAA